AUGGCGUUCUUCAACAAUCACACCCUAGCGCUGGACGCGCUGGGGACGUCUGGAUUCGUGGUUCCCACGGAGCAGCGGGCGGCGAUGGAUACGUCGCUGGUGAUCAAGAAGGAGGAGGCGGGGUUGAGCACGCUGGGCUUUUGGGGGAGAGUUUACACGCUCACAGGCAAGGAUUAUCUGGUAGCGCAGGGCUGCAAUGGGAUCCAGACCUCGGACGAUCGUAUCAAUGUCGAUGUGAAGUGCUACUACAGGUUUGUUUCGAUUUCUCGAUCGGAUUGUUGGAUUUCUCUCUCCAUUCUUUGGUUUUGUAGCUUGGAUGGAGCAAAGUGGCUGGAUCUUCAGCCUCUCACGGAUGAUGCUUACGACAUUUGCAAGACUAUCCAGGGAGGAUUUAAAGGCGAUCCCAGCCAAAGGUACAAGGCUCUUGUUCGUGUCCCUCCGCCACCUCCGACGCCACCAGCUCCUCCAAAAGCGGCUGCUCCUAUAGAGGGUGAGAAUCCAGACGCACCAAAGGUGGAGGAAGUUGAGAAGCCGGCAGAGGCCGAGGUGACCACGGACAAUCCGGAGGGACAGGAAGAAGAGGAAGAAGGCGAGGAAGGCGAAGAGGGCGCAAAGAAGAAAAAGAAAAAGAAGGAUCCCAACAUGAAGACUGUGGAAUUUGGCGAGGUAAGGUCUUCCAAAGUCGUUCUUUUCUCGAGUGAUGUUCUGUGGAUCUCUCAGCUGGACAGGCUCUCCGCCUUGAUAAGAGCAGUCGACGAGGAGUGCGGAGUGAUGCCAGUGAAUGCGCUGGUCCUAAACGCCAGGAAACAGCUCGUUCCAAACACACUGUUCUCAGGUAACACGAUCAUCCUCAAAUCCUUUUCUCGUUUUCGACAGCCCCGUUUCUCUCUCGCAGGAGUUAAGUUCCCAGAGAAGCUCGAUUCCUAUGGUCAUCUCUAUCAGCGCUACGAAGACACUCUUCUCUCCAAAGACAUCACAGGUAAACGAAGCUCUCACGUCUUUGAUCUCUCGCAAGCUCAAGCCGGUGUUCUCUCUCCUCCAGGAUCAUGGAGCGUCCAAAUGACUCCCAUCACCGGAGAUGUGAUCCUGCGAAGCCUUUGGUGGCCUGGAUACUCCUUCUACUACAACGCGUCUACCAAGGCGUAUGGCUCCUUGUACUUUGGAAUGGGAGACAAGAACCUCGACUUCGCGUUCAUGGUUGGCUGA